AUGCUUAAGUUCCAGGUUCACGCUCCUGGCAAGGUGAUACUACAUGGCGAGCAUGCCGUUGUUUAUCAGAAGCCCGCUCUGGCCGCCGUCGUGGGCCUGGGCACCAAGCUUCAGCUGCGCACCCAAAAGGGCAGCCAGGUAGCCAGCUUUCAGCUGGAGGCGCUCAACUGCACCCUGGAAAUAGAACUCAGCGAAUUUAAUGCAUUUUUGGUCAACUUUCGCAGCAAAUACCCCGGCGACAAGCUGGAGAGCACUGCGAAGCUAAUGGAGGAGGUGCGCGCAGAAGUGGCCAAGCAGCUGGAACGUAGCGUGGGCAGCACACCCAAACAACACACACAACGCGCUUUUAUAUCAAUUUAUUAUCUGUUGGCAGGCGCUGUGCUCACGGCACCCAAUCAACCCACGUUGACACUGCAAUCUGGUUUCCAGGUUCAAGUAGACACCGAGCUGAACGUGGGCGCCGGCCUGGGCAGCUCGGCCUCCUAUGGCGCUGCUCUGGCUGCCGCUUUUCUCAUAUUGGCGGGCCAUUUCGAUAAGUCGAGCUAUUUGCAAGAUGAAAACUUGGCUUUGAUUUCGCACUGGGCCUAUGAAUCGGAACGCGUGAAUCACGGCACACCCUCCGGAGUAGAUAACACAGUAUGCACCUACGGCGGUAUUCUGCGUUUCGUCAAGGGCCAGGGCUUUCAGUCGCUGCGAAUACAGAAGCCACUCAACAUUUUGCUUGUGGACAGCCGGGUGAGCCGCAGCACCGCUGACAUAGUUGCUAAAGUGCGUCACUUGGCUGAGGAGUUUCCGCAGCUUAUUGAGGCCAUUUGGCGGGCGUGCGAAGAGCUGGUCAACUCCGCAGUGCCAUUGUACGAGAGUUUUGGCAAUGCGCAGGAUGACAGCCAAAAGUUCGAGAAACUCGAGCACCUCUUUCAAAUAAACAACGAUCUGUUGAAGGCGAUUGGCGUCUCACAUCCAAAACUGGAGCAAAUAUUUACGAUUGCCUUCAAGCGUGGCUUCUUUUCCAAAUUGACCGGCGCCGGUGCUGGUGGAUAUGCUAUUGUUUUGCUGCCCGAUAACUACGAGUGCAACGAGGUCUACUGGAAGCUAAAGGAGGAGCUGGAGGCGGCAGGCUUUGGUGUGCACGUCACCACAGCGGGCGGCGUUGGACUGCGUGUGAGCUCCUUGGAAGAUUGAUGGAACCUUCUCUUAAAACUGUAUUUUAUUCUAGAUGUAUGUACUCGUGGUACUUUGUUAUUACUUAAAAUAAACUACAUAUUUGUACGCUAACAUA